AUGUCCAAGUAUCCCGAUAGCCUCGGCGAAGGAUCUGAUGCCCCUCAGGUGUUGGUCCCACGUCCUGAUCUCGAUAACCACAAGAUUCCGAUCGUCUACGCGGAGGAGAAACAAGUCUCAAGUUCGGAUACAGAGUCAUUUGCCCGCAGCCAGCCAUAUGAACCCUCGCACUAUACUGCAGACUUCAGCGAUCGUUCCAAGCGAGGAGAACAACAGCCCGAAUUCCACAGACCAGCAGGUAGCAGGAGGAUAUGUGGACUGCGGCCAGGAUGGUUCUGGACUGCCGCAGUGAUAAUUGUACUGCUGUUGAUCGGCGCCACUGCCGGAGGCGUCGCAGGCGGAAUGAUGCGCCGCCAGAGCCAGACGCCCUCGCCGGCGUCGGCAUCAUCAUCGGCGCCGUCGACCGGGCUACUAGGCUCCCUGCUCAGCGCGGUCAACUGGACAGACAGCACCGGGUCGCAGCGCAAGGCGGUAUUUUACCAGCGGAACGGGACCCUGCGUGUAAGCCGCAACAGCGGUAGCGGCACGGCCGCGUGGGCGGAGCUGGACAUUGAAGAUCAAUUCUCGACGGGUGCGGUGGCAGCCAUGAACGCAACGCCACUGGUAGCCAGCAUCAUGGGCGGCGCGAGCGCCGACACCUCCUUCAGCGCAGCGCUAUACUUCGUCGACGCCGGCAACCACAUCCGUGACCUGGUGAGCACCGCAGACGACCUGGCAACAUGGGCCAAGGGUCCGCUGUGGAACGUCUCAGUUGUCGCCAACGCCAUGUCCGGGCUGGCGGCGUCGGCACACGUGUGCGCCGACGGAUGUCUCGGUGACCGCAUCGUCGUCUUCCAGGCGAGCGGCGGCGACUUGUACUCUGUCCACGGUCCGGACUGGGCCGCCGCUCCGACUCGCAUCGUGGGCGCUAACAUCGGCACGCCUCUCGCCCUGACAACGGCCGCGUACGUUAACAGCACCAGCGGUGCCGUCGACUUGGCAGCUGAGCCGACGCAGCUGCGGCUGUACUACCACCGCGACACCAACAUCGACGAGUUCUUCUUCAACGACGAGACGCCAUUGGUUUGGAACGCAGGCAGGCUGGCGGCAGGGUUCGUGGGCGUGGCAACAGGCCUCGAGGCGUCGGAGGCACCGCCCGGACUGACGGCGGCGCCCUCGGGCCCAGCAAAUAGCGUGGUGCAGGUGGCGGUGCUGAAGGGGUCUGGCAGCGCCGAGGUGAGCUACGUUCGGGGCACGACGGGCCGCUUCGAGGACAGCACCUGCAACCUCCCGGCGCAGUUCGCCAACGGCAAGAGCGUCACCGCCGGGGCGCCGAGCUCUGGGGCGGCGGCGAUCGCGCUGAGCCACAACUUCGCCCUGUAUGUGCUCACGGGCGAUGGGAUGCAAAUACUUGAAUACGGCUGGUCUAACGCGGGCCCGGACUCGUUCCGCUUUCAGGGCACAGUCGUAUAG